AAAAAACUACUUACCAUACUGUUUCUCCAGAAAAAACUACUUAUCAUGCUAUUUCUUUGAAAGAAAUUACUCACCAUGCUUCUCUGAAAGAAAUUACUCACUAUGCUUCUCCAAAAGAAAUUAUUCAUCAUGCUUUUCCAAAAGAAAUUACUCACCAUACUUCUUCGAAAGAAAUUACCCACCAUACUUCUCCAAAAGGAGGAUACAAAACUACUUAUCCUUCUGAUUUUCUAGAAGAAGAAUCCACUAAUUAUACUGCAAUCUCUAUAAAAGGAGAACUUAAUACUACUUAUCUUGCUUCUUCUUCAUUUUCUUUAACUACAAUAG